AUGGCUGAACCUGACUUGGGUGAGGAGAACAACGCUAGUCAACCCACCCCAAAGCUGGCCGGUGUUGCGCCUGAAGGUGGAAACGACCCUGUCCCCUCUGAAUCUGGCAUUCUCGAAGAGCUCCGUGCUCUAAAAGCAAAGAUUCUAGAGUUGGAAACCCUGGGCCAGAAGGAAUCCACGAACAUCACGGAGUCACAGCAUUCGCCCCAACAAAUUGAGGAAAUGAGACAAUACCAACAAAUGGCCAAGUGCUUAUAUAGUCAUAGAAAGGAGUGGGAAGCCACGUUUCAAGAGGAACAUGCCGGCCUUCAGGAAAUCAGCAACCCUUUGGCCGAUGAACAGCUCAGGGAACCGUGGUACGGCCCUUGGAGGAAUGAGAAUCAGCAUGCGGUAAGAUCAGUGAGCUGGCACGCAUUCAAACAAUUGGGCCGUGGCUCCCAUGAGAUCACCUUCUGUGCCGUGGACAUUCUCAUCGGGGAUCCAGUGGUAUUCGACGACUGGGGGUUCGCAGGGGAUUGGUUUCGAUCACCGCAAAUCGAACACCGCGCCAACAAGACAGGCAAACAGGCACCAAGUCUUUCCAGUCAAGCCCAGCUACCGGAAAGAAUUCGAGUGCAUUCAAAGCUUGUUCUCAAGGUUCUCGACAAAAUUCUGAAGUUGUCUGGGGAUGACUCAAUGGCAGAAUCUGAAAGGCCCAUCGUAUUCACUCGCCCAUUCAAGACACUCAGCCACUGCGAGCCAGGACUCGACAGUUGGUUGCUUGCAAUGGAGAAAAAGGCCCGAAGGCAGUCGAAAAAGCCGGAUGUUGUUGCUGAGAUCAAUCAGUCUACCGCUGAGCAGGAAUCUCAGGGCUUACAGGUGGCGGGUGGGACGAACUCUGCCCCAGUAGGCGAGGGUACCGGAGUUACCACGACGAAUAAGAUUGUUGACAAGGACACUCAACUACCUGAUCAUUCAUCGGCCAACACCCAAUCUCUUGAAAAGAGAGGUGGAUCUCAGGAGCAUGUCAGCAGUAUCAAUAUGGCCACAACGCAGGCAGACCUGGAAGACUCGGAAGAAGAUGAUGACGAUGAAUCCAGCUCUGACAUGGGGGGUUUCGAAGAUAUUGCAAAGUCAACAAGUUCUCUUGAAGAGCUUAGGUUUUUUCUUCAAGCUGCAAAGUCUCAAAUACUGAUCAGGCGCCAGCAUUUGGAUGGGGAUAAAUGCCACAAGGUGUUCUUCUCAGACCUUUGGCAUCUUUUCCGGCCUGGUUUCGAAGUGGUUCGCAGUGACGGAAAGCAAGUCUAUCGAGUCAUUCACGUUACCACCGCCAAACACCGUACGGUUUCUGCCUUCCAAAAGUGGUCAAAAGCUCAGGAUGAAGAGGAGAAGAAACCACGACCAGACUUUGGUCUUACGUGCAUUUAUCUGGACUUCGACGGAAAGAAACUUGGUCCAGUUGCUCGAACCUUUGAAUUCAAGCCAUAUGAAGGAGAAAGAGAAAUCACAUCUUUCGAAGUUUUCCCCUUGCGGUUUUAUUCAGAGCGUCGGGGCAAUUUCAAUGACGUGGACGGAGAAGAUGCAACAGACCAUUCAGAUGCGUCUCUACUCAGACAAGAGCUCAUUCAACGCGGGAGAAGGUUUCUCGAUGCUAUAGCAGCCAAGCACAUGUUCUAUGCAGGCCCAACAUUGGAUACCCACGAAGACAUCGAAGGGCAGGUUGUCGUGGAUUUUGAGGCAGCUUUUCUCGAGGAGACCUUGGCUUCCGAGAGGCCUCAGAUUGAAGCAUUGCCUAGCAUCAAUCUCGACGAUUACGCCGAUGUCGACAGUUGCGAGGCAACUUGCUGCUUGGAUGAUAGGGUAAUUGAUGACACUUUUAUCGAUUUGAGACAAGCACGCGAAUAUGUUAACAGCCUUUUGCCCAAGGCUGGGGCGAAUAAUCUCCAAUCUGUUUCUGUCUUGCCUCAGAGUUUGUCGGAUGAUGCAUCUUUUCGGGAGAUCUGCAAGUCCAUCCAGGAGGACGAGCUCUUGAUCCUUUCAUUCAGAGUAUUUGGUUUCAUUCUACGAAAUCGAAAGUUUGCUCAAUUGGAUCUUAAAUUUCUAUCCAGCAUGACUUCUGCGAAGGAAAUCACGAAGCCCAGGGAGAACCUUCCGACUGAUGCCCUUGGGGGCAAUACAAGCAAUCGCGGGAGGACAGCUUUCGACCGUCUCGUUUUGGAAGAUGGACACAAGUCUAUGAUCGAAUCGCUGAUAUCUCAACACUUCCGGGAUAAGGAGUCUAAAGACGGCCCUCAUGACCAAGUUGAUGUUGUGAAAGGAAAAGGGAAGGGACUAAUCCUACUUCUUCACGGAGCUCCUGGGGUGGGAAAAACAUCGACUGCAGAGGGUGUUGCAGAGAUGUUUGGAAAACCGCUUUUUCAAAUCACAUGUGGUGACUUGGGAACGACUGCGAAAGAGGUUGAAGAGACUCUCGAAAGUAACUUUGCUCUGGCUAACAGAUGGGGAUGCAUUUUACUUUUGGACGAGGCAGACGUUUUCCUUGCCGAGAGGACAAAGGAGGACUUCGUAAGAAACGGACUUGUGGCUGUCUUCCUCCGAGUGCUUGAGUAUUAUUCCGGCAUUCUUUUCUUGACGACAAACAGAGUUGGUGACUUUGACGAGGCUUUCACGUCACGCAUCCACAUGAGUCUCUACUACCCUGAACUGAGCGAAGAGAAAACCCGCAGGGUGUUCAAGAUCAAUAUGGAUUUGAUCAGGGAGCGCUUCGCGUUGAAGAAGCGACAAAUCAUCAUCGAGGAAAUGGACAUUGGUGCUUUCGCCACGCAGCAUUACAUCAACCACCCUAGCGCACGCUGGAACGGUCGCCAGAUCCGGAAUGCCUGCCAAACUGCAUUGGCAUUGGCUGAAUACCAGGCACAGGGAGGGAGACACGAUGCCAUUAUGAAGCCGGAUGCCGUUAUAAAUUUGGCUGUAGAGCACUUUGAGACAGUGCGCGACGCGUAUCUCAAAUUCGCUGAGUACAUGAACAAGAUUUACGGAACCAAUGCUGCUAGGAAAGCCAAAGAGGGCAAACUCCGGGCCAUCUUGGUCGAUGAAAAUGACAAUGUCGUCAGCGAUACGCGCGCAGGCGGCCGGGUCGAUAGGAAGGAAGCGUACCGUCAGUCUCAAAGCCCCUUUCAAAUGGGCGGUCGCCACCAGCACGAGAGCCCGAGCAAUCAGCAUUCGCAAGGCUAUACGCAACCAAGCUACCAGGACCAGCCGACUUAUCAAGGGCCGUCUCAAGGCUACUCGCAACCCCAACAUCAAGGGCUUCCGCCGACUGACCCUUACAGAGCGUCAACACAGGGUCACCCUUCUCAGUAUCCCAGCACUCCGCCUAGCCAGUCUUAUCGCGCCGCUCCGGCUCAAAUGCCAGCGCAUGGUGGUCAAGUCACGGGUGGUCUGGGAAGAAGUCCGGGCAUCUCAUUUCAAGGUUCUCAGACGAGUCAGACCCAGAGUCAGUUCGACGAUCAACGAAACCAGAGGUUUUCUCAACAGCAAGGAGCCGAGUCUCAGAGGUUUGAACAGGGAAUUAAAGAUAUGAACCUGAUAUUAAAUCAAGCCAAUCUGGCGACCUUGUCGGCUUCACAACCCAUAACCAAUCUACCAAAGACGUUUCGAGAGGCAUUUGUCGUACUGGAGAGGCUUCAGCUCGAGUACCUCUGGAUCGACCGCUUCUGCAUCUUCCAAGACUCUGAGGAGGACUGGCUUGCAGAGGCAUCAGAAAUGCAUAACGUCUAUGCAAACUCCAUCAUUUGUAUCUCGGCAUUGGGCGCGGAAGAUGAUGACGGGGGGCUAUUCUUCUCUCGUGAUCCGCUCGCCGUUAUGAUUCCAGUGGUCAAUAUACCUAUCGGCGAGUCAAACGAGCCCGUGCCUCAUGCUGGAGAGAUGGCCAUGGCCUACAUCAGAAACACAGACUCUCAAUCUGCUGUGCUGUCUAAGCGUGGUUGGGUUCUUCAAGAAAGGAUACUGGCUCCUCGGGUUCUUCACUUUGGGAAGAGCCAGGUGUUGUGGGAGUGCAAUACGUCCAUCUCCUCUGAGGCUCAGCCAAAGUUUGACAAGUGGAAGAGCGUUCAUGUUCUCCUCGCUCAUCCCGAUAUCAGACCCAAUUACAAGCGCCGGACUGUGUGGAAGACCACUAUUGGAUACGAGCCGCCGAGCUUCGAGAACCCAAUCGACUGCAUCUUCAUCGAAUGGUACCACAUUCUUGAUUAUUAUAACCACUGUCAUCUCACCAAGAGUGACGACAAGCUUGUGGCAAUAUCGGCUAUUGCAAAAGACAUGAAAAAGCAUCUUAGCCAUCUAGGCGAAUCAUCAGUCUAUCUCGGCGGUCUCUGGAGAUCGAGGAUGCCGCGCAACUUGCUUUGGCAGAUUUCCAAUCCGGCAAAACGACCGGAGCGGUAUCGAGCACCGUCUUGGUCCUGGGCUUCCGUUGAUAAUGCAUCUUUGUUCACGUACCAUGAGGGUUAUUCGUGGUUCCCAAAGCGUCAUAGGGUAUUGGUGUCUGUCAUUGAGGCUACAACGACUCCUCUGACAUCGGACGAUACCGGCCAACUACAAGGCGGCAGCUUAACUCUCAAAUGCCGGUUGCUCAGAGCUAUCCUUGCUAAGGGGCCUCGAGACGGACAAAUUGGUGCUGAAAAGCUCGAGACUAUUGAAGGAAUUAGAAUUCAUCACCAGCGGGAGAAAUGGGCUGAGUAUUACUUGAUGAGGUUCGACACCGUCGAGGACGAGCGUUGCAGUCCCGUUCUGUUCGUGCCUAUUCAGGUCGAAGAAGACAAGGAGAAUAGGGCCGACGAAAGUCGUAUUCGCGGAAAUUACUAUGGUUUGGUCCUCGAAAAGUCUGGGAACAGUUACAAAAGAAUCGGCAAACUCCAGUACGAUAUUUAUGAGCCUUCGCUGGGGUCUUGGUUUGAUGACAUCGAUGUUCCAUGGGGAAAGAUUUCCAUUUUAUAG